AUGGAAGCGGGAUUCUGGGAUUGGUCACAAGUCACAAAGCCACCCCCCAGGAACACCCGAGCUACACCUGUGGACAAGGGCGGUGGAGGGAUGGUGCGGAGGAUGGUGGACAAGAGGCGAUGCAGGCAACGCAGAGAGGAGCCAGCGGUGGUGGUGGUGGCAGUGGCAGUGGUGGCAGCAGUGGUGGCAAUGGUGGUAUUGGUGGUGGAUGUGGCAAUGGUGGUAUUGGUGGUGGAUGUGGCAAUGGUGGUAUUGGUGGUGGAAGUGGCAAGGGUAGUGGUGGUGGUGUUGGUGGUGGGGGUGGGUGCAGCAGCCGCAUCACAGGGGAAGAAAGAGCAGGCCACAGCAUGUGACGCGGACAAGGAGGCAGCAGGAGCAGAGGGAGCGGCAAUCCCAAGGGUGUUUUUCCAUGGCGGGCACGUCACCUCGUGGAAGCACGACGGCAAGGAGGAGAACCUCUUUAUGAGCAGCAAGGCCAUCUUCAAGCCACCCAAGGCGAUCCGAGGCGGCAUCCCAGUGUGCUUCCCUCAGUCGUUCUUGCUGCGCCAGUGUCUCAUUGAAUAUGCGUUUCAUUCAGGCCAAGACCGUGUGGCACCUUCCUUGCAAUUUCCCCCCUGCCCACUCUCCCUCCCUCCCUCCCCUCCCUCCCCUCCCUCCCUCCCUCCCUCCCUCCCUCCCUCCCUCCCUCCCUCCCUCCCUCCCUCCCUCCCUCCCUCCCUCCCUCCCUCCCUCCCUCCCUCCCCCCCCCCCUCCCUCCCUUGCUACCUCGCUCCCUCCCUCCCUCCUCCGUCAAUCCCUCCCUCCCUCCUUCCCUCCCUGCCCACUCUCCCUCCCUCCCUCCCUCCCUCCCUCCCUCCCUCCCUCCCUCCCUCCCUCCCUCCCUCCCUCCCUCCCUCCCUCCCUCCCUCCCUCUCUCCCUCCCUCCCUCUCUCCCUCCGUCCGCCCCUCCGUCGUCCUCGUUUCCCCCUCCCCCCUCCUCCUUCCUCGCCGUGCCCCCCAUCUUUCCUUCCCCUGUUGCAGUUCGGCCCGAUGGGACCGUUGGAUCAGCACGGCUAUGCCAGGAAUAGAUCCUGGUCGUUGGAUCCCGCAUCUCCCAACACGGACCCCGCCUCCCUUGAUCUGCUCCUCACGCCCUCCCCUGAAGACCUGCGCAUCUGGCCGCACAGGUGGUCCUGCGCAUCUGGCCGCAUAGGUGAGGGUGCUGAUGGCGUGUGCAUGCAGCGCUGGUGUGCUUGUAAGGUAAGCUGCAGCGCUGGUGUGCUUGUAAGCUUCGAGCUGCAAAUGAAGGUGGCGCUGGGAAGAGGAGACGAGCUGCUGUCGUCCACGCGAGUGCUCAACCCCCUCAGCAAGGCGCUCUCCUUCACCGCUUAA